UGGAAAAGUUUAGUCGUAAGAUACAUGUCUUGAUAUAUCAACUUAGCCCUAGAAUAUGACCGGUGUUAUUUCAAGUAUACCUUCAUGACACAAAAUCAUGCGGGCCUUUCUCCCGCCUCCGUCGAGACCAUCGCCGGUCUUUCCGCCGGUUCCAUAGCGACACUCGUUGUCCACCCGCUGGAUAUAGUCAAGACCCGGAUGCAAAUCCACCAACGCGCAACCUCGCACCCGCUAACCACGCUCUCCUUAAUCCGGACGCUAACCCAGACGCCCCACCCCAUCGCCUCUCUGUACCGGGGCCUGGCGCCGAACCUGCUCGGCAAUGCGUCCAGCUGGGCCUCCUUCUUCUUCUUCAAGGCGUGGACGGAGCGGGCCCUCCUCUCGCUCAAACCUUCCGCCCCGACCGCGGCGGCGGCGGACGGCUCCCCCUCUGCCCCCGCCGCCUCCCUCUCGGCGCGGGACUACUUCCUCGCCUCGGGCGCCGCCGGCGUCGUCACCCAGGUCCUGACGAAUCCUCUCUGGGUCCUGAAGACGCGCAUGCUGUCCUCCGACCGCGGCUCCGCCGGCGCGUACCCGGACCUGCGCUCCGGCGCCGCGCGCCUGUUCCGCGACGAGGGGUGGCGCGGCUUCUACCGGGGGCUGGGCAUCAGCUUGUUCGGCGUCGCCCACGGCGCCGUGCAGUUCGCCGUGUACGACCCGUUGAAGCGUCUAUAUUUCUCGCGCCGGGCGACCUCCUCCUCCUCCUCAGCCUCAGCCUCUCAUCGAAGUUCCCGCCGUCGCUCCGAUGUUGAAUCUUCCCGGGACCAGCAGCAGCGGAUAAGCAACGAAGCGACCCUCGUGCUCUCCAGCGUCGCGAAGCUGGUUGCCGGCGCCGUCACGUAUCCGUACCAGGUGAUCCGGAGCCGGCUGCAGAACUACGACGCCGACGCACGCUUCGGGCGGGGCAUCCGGGGCGUUGUGGGGAGGACGUGGAGGGAGGAAGGGUGGCGGGGCUUUUACCGCGGCAUCAUACCUGGCGUCGUGAGGGUCUUGCCCGCGACCUGGGUCACCUUCUUGGUGUACGAGAAUAUGAAGUUUUACCUACCGCGGUGGACGGGCUAGGCGGGUUUUGUGGUUGUGCGAUGCCGCCAGUUUUGUUCUCUUCCUAUUUAAAAGUCAUGGUUAUGCCUAGGUAGUCUAAGAUAUCCACCCUAGCCUUCUUUAUUACUUGUAUCAUAAUAUAGCUCUAGCUAGAAGCUGUACAGCUGUAAGUCAGUCCCUCCUGAAGUUUCUCUCAUAACCAAUAAUGAAUGAAAACAUCAUUUACCACGAUAAAAUAGUAGCAA